GAUCAUCCAGCUGGUGUAGAUGCGCCAUGGCGUAAGCCUUGAGAUGGGAGGGGUAGGUGCCACGGAGGCGCUUUCCGGAACCGAACCACUCCUUCACUUUCGAAACGGAAACGACCCUACCCCUGGCGUCGAGCGGCAGCGAGGGCCAGACAUCGGCGAGGCGGAGCUCUCCGUGGUACACUUUAUCGCUCGGGCGAAGAAGUACUGGGGGAAAAGCUUCGACAAGUGGAUCGUUUCAUCGGCAGACACGGACCUAUGGAUGAUCAUUCUACUGCCGAUGACCACUGGUUGGCUUCGGCCUCGUGGCGAGGGGGCGGUUGACGUGACCGUCCAGAAGGUCGUGGGUGGCGAGACCAAGUUCCAGUGGGUGAACAGAGUAUUCACCAGCAUCUGCAAACUCCAGGACGGAAGCGAGUCCGCGUGGCCGCUAUUGACCUUCAGGGGCUGGAUUCCCACGGGCAACGACAAGGUCCGUCUGUUCGUCUUAACGUUCCUGGAGUCGGGCUGUGACUACCUCCCGGCAAUUUCCGGGCUGCCGUUCGACAAGAUGUGAGUACUGGCCCUCAAGAGCGUGCGGACGGAGAUUUUGUUUGACA